AUAGUACAUUGAUUUAAGGUACAACCUACGUAUGAAUCUCUGCAGACAAGCUUAGUUGCAUCAUUAACUACCCCAGGAUGGAGUCCCAUAGCCAAGAUGACAUGGAUUUGAAAGCGGAAACUGCUCAAGUGUGGUCUGAAUCAGUUGAGCAGGACCAGAACACUACGCAGGUGCACUUUGUCCCUGAAAAUGGAACAGUGGCACAGAUUGUGUACAGUGAUGACCAAGAUCGUCCUUCCCAACAAGUGGUCUACACAGCUGAUGGCACAUCUUACACUUCUGUAGAUACUUCAGAGCACACAUUAGUUUACAUCCACCCUGUGGAAGCCACUCAGACUCUUUUUACAGACCCAUCUCAAGUCACCUAUGUUCAGCAAGAUGCUGAUACGCAGCAGGUGUCAAUACCAGUUCAUAGCCAAGCAUUGCCUCCCAUGGAGGCUGUGGAUGAUCCUGGCUCUCUAGAAACUUUGCACAACCCAUUGGGUAGUAUGGAAGCAAAAGAGCAAAAUGAGGAGGAGGGGGAUGAGGAGGAAGAGGAGGACGAGGAAGAAGAGGAGGAAGAGGAGGACGAGGACGAGGAGGACGAGGAGGAAGAAGGGGAAGACACAGACAUGGAGGAAUGGGACCCAGAUCCACCUCGUCCUUUUGACCCAAACGACCUCUGGUGCGAGGAAUGCAACAACGCACAUCCCUCGGUUUGUCCAAAGCACGGGCCCUUGCAUCCCAUCCCUAACCGACCAGUUUUGACCAGAGCCAGAGCCAGCCUUCCCUUGGUGCUUUACAUAGACCGGUUUUUGGGAGGAGUCUUCUCCAAGCGACGCAUUCCCAAGCGCACGCAAUUUGGCCCUGUGGAAGGACCUCUGGUUAGGUUAUCAGAGCUGAAGGACUGCUACAUUCAUCUAAAGGUGUCCCUUGACAAAGGUGACAGGAAAGACCGGGAUCUACAAGAGGACCUUUGGUUUGAGUUGUCCAGCGAAGCUCUUUGCAACUGGAUGAUGUUUGUGCGCCCUGCCCAGAAUCACCUGGAACAAAACCUAGUAGCCUACCAAUACGGUCACCAUAUUUACUACACUACAAUUAAAAAUGUUGAGCCUAAACAAGAACUCAAGGUGUGGUAUGCUGCCUCCUAUGCAGAAUUUGUCAAUCAGAAAAUCCAUGAUGUAUCGGAGGAAGAGAGGAAAGUUCUUCGAGAACAAGAGAAAAACUGGCCAUGUUAUGAGUGCAAUCGACGGUUCAUGAGCUCAGAACAGCUCCAGCAACAUCUCAACUCUCAUGAUGAAAAGCUGGACUUCUUCAGCAGAGCAAGAGGCAGAGGUCGCGGACGAGGGAAGCGAAGGUUUGGUCCAGGAAGGCGACCUGGCCGUCCUCCAAAAUUCAUGCGUCUAGAAGUAACCAAUGAAAACGGGGGGAAGUGUGCAGAAGAGAGCCAGGACUUGCUGCCUUUUGCCACUAAGGGACAGUUUGAUGAAGCUGGACAAGCUACCCUAAAUGGACUAGACCAACCCGAGCAGACCCCAGUCAUCCCAGAAACGUCGUCCUCCUUGGAUCAGCUGCCUGAAAGCCACUCACUGCAGCUUCAGCCACAUGAGCAGACGGUCGUGGCUACCCCAAGCCUGAUAACAGCAGACGACAUGCGGCGAGCAAAGCGUAUCCGGAAUGCAGCUCUUCAGCACUUAUUCAUCCGGAAGUCAUUCCGCCCAUUCAAAUGCCUGCAUUGCGGAAAGGCGUUCCGUGACAAGGACAAAUUAGACCAACAUUUAAGGUUCCACGGACGGGAAGGGAAUUGUCCUUUGACCUGCGACAUCUGCAACAAGGGCUUCAUGAAUAGCAGCGCCCUGGAAAGUCAUAUGAAGUUCCACCUGGACCAGAAGACCUACUCUUGUAUUUUCUGCCCAGAGUCCUUUGACCGUUUAGACCUGCUGAAAGAUCAUGUGGCAAUCCACAUUAAUGAUGGCUACUUCACUUGUCCUACCUGCAAAAAACGCUUUCCGGAUUUUAUCCAGGUGAAAAAGCACGUGCGCAGCUUCCAUUCAGAAAAGAUUUACCAGUGCACAGAAUGCGAUAAGGCUUUCUGUCGGCCUGACAAACUGCGGCUUCACAUGUUGCGGCAUUCAGAUCGCAAGGACUUCCUGUGCUCCACCUGCGGCAAACAGUUUAAGAGGAAAGACAAGUUGCGAGAACACAUGCAGAGAAUGCACAAUCCAGAAAGGGAAGCCAAGAAAGCCGACCGGAUUAGUCGCUCCAAAGCCUUCAAGCCCCGGAUCGCCUCUACGGAUUAUGAGAGUUUCAUGUUCAAGUGUCGCCUGUGUAUGAUGGGUUUCCGAAGACGAGGCAUGCUGGUGAAUCAUUUAUCAAAGAGACAUCCUGAAAUGAAAAUAGAAGAAGUGCCAGAGCUAACACUGCCUAUCAUCAAGCCUAAUAGAGAUUAUUUCUGUCAGUACUGUGAUAAGGUUUAUAAGAGUGCCAGCAAGCGGAAAGCCCACAUUUUGAAAAACCACCCAGGUGCAGAACUUCCUCCCAGUAUCCGAAAGUUGCGUCCAGCAGGCCCAGGAGAACCAGAUCCAAUGCUGAGUACGCACACCCAACUGACUGGAACAAUCGCCACACCGCCUGUUUGUUGUCCUCAUUGUUCCAAACAGUAUAGCAGUAAGACAUCAGAUUUGCUGACUCAAGCCAUGACAGAACUAUCACAGACUCUAACCACCGACUACCGAACGCCACAGGGUGAUUUCCCACGUAUUCAGUAUAUUCCUGUAUCACAAUCCACAGCUGGCUUGCAACAGCCACAACACAUACAGUUGCAGGUUGUGCAAGUGGCUCAGGCUACCUCACCUCAUCAGACCCAGCAUUCCACAGUAGACGUUGGUCAGCUACAUGACCCUCAGUCAUACACCCAGCACGCUAUCCAGGUACAGCAUAUCCAGGUCACUGAACCAGCCUCUGCAGCCUCAUCAUCUUCACAGGUGGUCAGCCAGCCCUUGAGUCCUUCUUCCCAGCCAACUCAGCAGGAACUCAGCCCUUCCCAGAUACAGACAACUCCCUCCUCCCAAAAUCAGUCGCAGCCGGGUUCUUCAGUCCAGCAAGCCUAUCUUCCCAACACAUGGAACUCGUUUCGCACCUAUCCUUCCGAGAUUCAGAUGAUGACUAUCCCUCAGGGCCAGUACGUGAUUGCAGAGACAGCUGUGGGCCCUCCUGUCACAACGGUGAGCACAGGGCAAGUCAAAACAGUUGCCCAGACACAUUAUGUGAUCGCGGAAAGUCAGUCCGAGCUUGAAGUCAAGCCAAGCCUGUCUCUUUCUAGCAGUGUGGAAGUAGAUUUAUCUCAGCCAGCCACCCAUUCUGACUCUUUGGACUCGCAAGCGGCCAGCGAGCAGCAAACGACACAGUACAUCAUUACGGCCACCAGCAACACCAACGGAGUCGGCGACUUGCACAUCGAAAAGCCGUGAAGUAGGUUUGCAGCCAAGAAGGACAUCUAGUGGGCAUGAGUGACAUUUGAAGUCUUCAUCCCGAAUAUUGAAGGCACCCAACAGCUCUUUGACAAAGUAUAUUUUGUACACCUUGAAGUUCUACCUUAUACACUGAGGCUUCGCAGAGCUUCAGAUCUCAAUGAAACCCAAGCAAAAUAUUUCAGGAUACCACCUUCUUCUGGACCUCUUCCCCAAUUGAUUCUCCUCCCCCCAACUGUGGACAGUUUUUCAGCAGCGGAAGCAAAGUUUGCCGAGCACACAACCAUUGGCAGAAUCUAUCUCAUGUACAUUUCAGUUGCUUACAUUUCUUUCCGCUUUAUUAUAUUUCUCCCCACCCCCAAGUUUGCCUGUGAAAGAAGAGAACAUGCAGCUUGAAAUGGAGAAUAAAAUAAACAGAUAGCCUGGAACUAAGACUCAAUUACAAGCCAUUAUUUCCUGACAUUUGUUCGACAAGAGAAGACAGUGAAACUGUGAAGCUGUGCAGAAGCAGUUAAAUUAUUAAUUAGGUUGUUGGUAUUGUUGGAAUACCCCGUGUUUACAUAACCGUCUGCACUGCCCAAACAUUCAAUCCGAACGAGUGUGAAGGAAACUACCUUGGAGCCUCCAGAAGCCUAAUCAAAUCAGAGGAGUAUAAAAACACAAGAGUCUGAGCCUUUAUGCCUUUGAUUGUGUUGUCUUGAUGAAACAGGGAUCCUUCGUUUUCUCCUCAAAACCAAUAAAAAGGCUCAGAGAUGG